UUUCAGUUUUACUGGACAACUAGUCUAUGUUAUGGUUGAACCUUAUAGAGACCCGUGGAAAGAAUACAAAUCAGCACUAGAUUCAUUGAAGAAAAAAUUUCUGAAGAAACCAAAUAAUCAUCAAGUUUUGGCGGAGCUUGCGGAUUUGGCAUUACGAUUCCAGGAUCAAGAAUGUGAGCAGUAUGCGGGGAUGUGCUAUAUACAAAUGGCAAAAAUUAAUGAAAAAAUAGGUGACUGGAGCAUGCAAUAUAGCCAUUAUCUGAAGGCUGCUCGAUGCUUCAAAAAUGCAGAAAUGCGGAAUUACGAAAUGAAUAUACUGGCCUGUUCCGAUCAUCUGAAUUAUAUGCAGGAUUGUUACAAUCGAGCAAUUGAGUUAAUUCUCGAUCAUCAGGGAUUUUGGUUGGCUGGUUUGCACUGCACUGAGCUCGGCUCCACACUGUGCGACAUUGAUGAACAUCAGCAAGCGUUACCGUUUUUGUUACGAGGAGCAGAAUUAUUGAAAGUGGAAUUUCGUAGUCACUUGGCGGCUUUGCAGAAAUUAGCAGCCUGCCAGAUCGAAUUGGAGAUGUAUGCAGACGCACUUGCAACUGUUGAUGACCUGUGGACACUCCAUAUGAAGAGUACAGAUAAUCCAAAAUUUGGUUACGGUGAAGAACUUCUGAAGGAUUGCGAAGUAGCGUCAGUACUUUUACUUUUACAGCGGAAAAACGAUGAUAUAUCUGCGCGACAUCGUUUAUUGCUAUCAAUGUAUGAUAAGUCAUCACUAGUACUUGAUGAAAAGGAAGAAAAAGAACGGAAAGUACCAUGGAAGGAGUUGCCACCAAAAGAUUCUUCAUUAUCCAAGGAUUUGUAUUUCUACUUUUACGAAUUUGUAAUGGCACUUCGGGAGGGUGACGUAGAGAUGGCUAAAAAAAGUUUCGAUAUUCUCGAAAAAUCUUUUGAUUUGAUGUGCAGUAAGUUAGCUAUGAAGUUACUAGAUGAUGUUAUGGAUAGAGGUGGGUUAGAUAAAAGAGGUUUUGCCGAUAAAUUCAUUUCUUGA